AUGUCCAUUAUCCAGAACCUCUACUCUUCCGACCCCUUUGCUCAUGCAAGUAAGGGUGAUGACCUGCUUCCUGCUGGCACUGAGGAUUAUAUCCAUACAAGAAUUCAACAGAGAAACAGCGGGAAGACCCUUACUGCUGUCCAGGGGAUCGCUGCUGAUUACGAUAAAAAGAAACUAGUGAAGGCAUUUAAGAAGAAGUUUGUCUGCAAUGGCAUUGUAAUUGAGCAUCCAGAAUAUGGAGAAGUAAUUCAGCUACAGGGUGACCAACAAGAGAACAUAUGCCAGUUCCUCAUAGAGAUUGGACUGGCUAAGAAUGACCAGCUGAAAGUUCAUGGGUUUUAA